AGAUUUGUCGAUGAUAAGUCCCAUCAGCAGUUACCUCCCUUGCUAAUGUUCACUCAAUGACACGGGAAACAUGUAAUGAAAUAGGUUUGGGGAAUACCAAGUCCGGUUUCUAUAAAGACAAACUGAUCAGUUGUUUUCGUCACACAGUGAAGAGGAUCACAGGCGAAACACAACGAACAUAAGCUAUGGCAGGUGGCUGUUCAACGUCGAGAGUAUGGGUUGUCAUUGCUAUAGCAUUCUGUAUAACAACUAUUGGAUUAGCGUGCUACGUCAUUUGGAAGGAGGUCGGGACAAAGAAAAGUGCCGAGGAACGUAUCGUUGAGCGGUACCCGACGCUGUUCAGAACCACAGAGCAGCAGCUACGUCUACACAAUUUAACCACUUUGUACACGCCAGUCAAGAGCAGGGUGCUGGGGCCAACAAAUUGUUAUGUCAACUGUUCUUCAAAAAAUGGGAGUCUUCCUGCACGUCAAAUAUCGGGUCCUGUUCUCCACCACGCAUGUUGUCAAUCACAAGCGUUCUUCAGAGACGAAACCUCGAUGACCACUGUGACGGACGUUGUGAAGUUGAUCGCCCAGUUUGGAAGCAGGAAGCAGUUCUUCAAGUUCGAGGAGUGCAGUCACGUGACCAACUAUCACUACGGCGAGUGUAAACAAAAUAUGGAAUAUACAACAGCAGUCACAGUGGACGAUGACUUGGACGAAGACGACGACAAUCGAUACCAGGUGGAGUGGGUAAAGGUGCCCGGAUCCUGCAAGUGCAUCAACACGUAGUGCCUCCAAGACAAGAAACAUAGUAUUUUUACUUAAAAAGUCAUGUCUGUUGGAUUUGUGUAUUUUGAAAUCACCCAUGUUUAUUAUUUCUUCAUGGCGAUAGUCAUAUUUAUGUGUUCAGUGUUUAAAAUAUACAAAUGUACCUUGUUUACUUUUCGGUACUGUCUCGGAGUGUCUAUUUGCGCUAACAAUUCAUCUUAUUUAGAUCUGUACAAAAUGAAGCACAAGCGUAUACCUGUCUAUGCUU